CCCCAAGGUUCCGCCGGCCCGUGCUGUGGCUGGGGAGGGUUAGGUUGGCCGGGGUCAUCCCGCACAGUGAGCCACCGGCCUCCGGGAUAGCAAGCCGUACAGGGGAGCGUUAAAAGAACACCUGCCACGCGGCCUGCUUUCGAGGGAGCCCUUUGGAUUGAGGACAUCAGCGGUAGAAGGGAUAUAACGAGACCUGUCACUAUCGCAGGCCGUAGUAUGGCUCAGGGCCUGAUUGAGGUGGAGCGAAAGUUCAUUCCUGGGCCUGGCACAGAGGAACGGUUGCUGGAGUUGGGGGGCACCCUGGAGCAUCAGGUCACCUUCCGAGACAGCUACUAUGACACCCCUGAGCUGAGCCUCAUGCGGACUGACCACUGGCUGCGGCAGCGAGAGAGUAGUGGAUGGGAGCUCAAAUGUCCUGGAGCAGCAGGUGUCUCGGGACUCCAUACUGAGUACCUGGAACUCACAGCUGAGCCCGCAAUUGUGGCCAAGCUCUGUGAGGUGUUGGGCGCUGAGGUCCUGGGGGCUGGAGGUGUGGCUGCUGUGCUGAGCCCACUGGGGCUGCAGGAAGUAGCUAGUUUUGUGACUAAGCGUAGUGCCUGGAAACUGGUGCUAUCGAGAGCAGAUGAAGAGGAACUGCUGCUCAGGGUGGACAUGGAUACAGCUGACUUUGGCUACGCUGUGGGUGAGGUCGAGGUCAUGGUGCACCAGGAGGCUGAAGUCCCAGCUGCUGUAGAGAAGAUCAACAAGCUCAGCAGCAUGCUUGGUGUGCUGGCACAGGAGGUGGCACCUGCCAAGCUGAUUGUGUACCUACAGCGCUUCCGGCCUCAAGACUAUCAGCGCCUGCUAGAAGUGCACAGCUCCAGAGAGAAGCCACAGGGGACUAAAGAUGCUGAUAGUAGCCUGGACUAGGGUGUCACAUCUUCCAUGACAGGGAAGAGAGUUCUGGGACUAAUGGGGUUCAUUCCUUUGCUCACUGUGCCUUUUCCCCAGGCUUUCCUCCCCAGAGUGAGUCUUCUCUCACCAGCUCUGCCUGUUCCUUCACCCUACCCUCAGUUAUCCUUUGUUGAGCCCUCCCAGACUGCCUCCUCUCUCUCAUCAGUCAGAUGCAAUCUGUGGGCCGCCCCUCUCCCCUGGCCGCUAAGCAGCCUCCAUUGAUUUCCGCUCGUGUUUAUAGGAUUUCCACUUAGCCGUGAUCAGUAGUUAAGCACAGGAAAAUCCCUUGCCACCCCCCCUCCCUUGGUCGAUGCCAUUGAUUCUGCCAGCGGCUCCUAAACUGCCUUACAGCUGAGUUAGAGAUGAGGGGAGGCAGCAGGGAUUUCCCUGCCUGGGGGUGUGGGGAAUAGCGCAGGUAGGUAGGAAAUGGGUGGGAUUUUUUGUUGGAAAUCUAGAAAUUCUGGUUUGAUUUUGCCACUGUGCCCUACUCUAGACCAGAGGGUAGAGCGCCUCCUGUGGAAGUUUGGGGCAAAUCUGCUCCUCAGCCUGGAGAGGGGUAGAAAACCCUCCUUUGUUGAAACAGGUUCCUAAGGCUGAGGGGGAAGAUACAUACUUGCUUUUUAGACGUUUCCCUUGCUGUUAUUCAUGUUUUCUACCUCAAAUAUACACAAAUAUGGCUUCCCCCGUA